UGGCCGACGAGUACCGGUCGAUUUGGUUUACACACGCGGUCUCGUAUGACGACGGCGGGCCAGCCGAUCGCUUAUACGUCGAUUCAUGCUAAAAUAGCCUCGUCGCACUGGUCUUCGACAUCCAAUCUCCAAAGUCCGAUCGUGUCGUUUAAAGUAAAAAACAUUCGUCAGCAAAACGUCGUCGUAACACUCAGUCCGAGCUCGCGGCACAAUCGCAAACGCCUCACACAAGUGGCGUUUACCUACUUUAAAAUAUAAUAUACACUUACGAUUCUCACACAAAUUUAAAUCACACUGAGUAUACAAUGAUUACUUUUGGACAACAUUUUGCUAUAUCGUUGGCUACUCAACAGCACAAGAAUAAAAAUCAACCUGAACACCAAGAUCAUCAAAAUCAACAAGAUACAUCACCAGGCGGAGUUAAUAUACUAUUGGGAGGGGUAAUGAUGAGUAGCAUGAUAUUAUUUAUUUUGUGGAUGUGUUAUUGUUGUCGAUGGAAAGACAAUAAGUUUGAUUCGACAACAUGUGAUGAACAACCACAACCUUUUUGGAUUGAUGUUAAUUCAAACACUUACUAUGAAGCACUACAAUGGUCUUUACAACAAGAAUGUUGUGAAAUACCAGAAACAUAUUGUUCACCAGAGAUCAUGCAAGAAACACCACCAAGAUACGAAACCGUAAUCACACCACCACCUGGAUAUGAGGAUGUGAUAAGAGAAAAUUACAAGAAGAAAAAAUCUUUAUUGGAUAUCACAGAAAAUAAUAGGAUGCAUACCAUUUGACCACAGUUGUUUUAAGCUUAUAUUAUGUAUCCACAUACAUACUUGCAUUAAGUUAAUUACACUAGGAAUUACAGGGAAGUAGAAAAUCUAAGCAGAUCCGUUCAUCAUGUUCUGUACAAUUUUACUUUAUUGUUUUUUGUAAAAAUAUAUCAUACAUUGUACUUAUAAAUUAUAGUUAUUAGAUGAAAUUUGGUAUGUGUUUUAGUAUAAAAAAAAUACCAAUAGAACAUUUUUUUUUUCAAAGUUGUCAUAUUAAGAUUUUAGAAUUCUUCAUAAAGAGUUGAUAUAAAAUUG